AUGCAACUCCUCACCCUCUCCUUCGCAACCCUCGCCGUCGCCGCCCCAGGCCUGACCCGACUCUCAGCCAGACAAGAUGCCGCAGUCUAUGCCAACAACUACCAACCACAAUGCUGCGCCACAAACGUCUUAGAUCUCGCCAGCUUGGACUGUGCCAACCCACCCGAGGAUAUUACAUCUACAGAUCAAUUCGUCGAGCAGUGCAGUGCGGAGGGACAGCAGGCGUUGUGUUGUUUGCUUCCGAUU